CCCAAAUUAUAGCUGGCGCGAGGGGCGACAAUGUAAAGUAAACAUCUGUCAACGCUUGGAAAUAUAAGGUGAUGAAUAAUAGCAAAGACUCCACAGACUGCAUGUAGCGGCGCGCGGAUAAAUGAUGGCCUUGACUGUUAUCAGAUCAUAGCGCUUCUACCCUGGAGCCGAAAGAAUCCCCGUCGUCAAAUUAGGAUUGGUCACUGCAUUGCAUUUCAUGUUAGCUCUGUAAUGGGACGUAUGGCCCCACUGGCUUGCCGUAACUCGACACUAGGCUGGUAGAUGGCCAAGAGAAAACUCAUUGGAAAAGACAUUUGCGAUAUGAAGCACUGCUAACUGGUUAGCAAUUUAACAAACUGCAGCUAUCAACAUAGCCGGGUCAUUUGCAAGAAAGACAAGCUGUGUUUUCCGUACGACGUUUGGUCUGCCGUGCAGCUGUUCCCUCCGUUGCACUUGGGUCGAUACGUGAAACAGAAGCAAAAUGUUGAACCCCGCCAACGGGGAUCCAGUACACGUUGUAACAAGAUAUGUCGAAGAGUAUUUGGAUUUGGUGGAAUCGUUGCCCCUUGACUUACAAAGAUGCGUGUCUGUGAUGAGAGAAAUCGACGCAAAAUAUCAAGAGAUCCUGAGGGAGCUGGACGAGGCUUACGAGAAGCACCGGCAGGAGAACGACCCGGCCCAGAGGCGAAGGCUGCUGCACACCAUACAGCGUGCGCUGAUCCGCACCCAGGAGCUGGGUGACGAGAAGAUCCAGAUCGCGGGCCAGAUGGUGGAGCUGGUGGAGAACCGCUCGCGGCAGGUGGAGUGGCACGUGGAGGUGUUCCAGGCCUGCCAGGCCGGCUCGCCCGAGACGCCCACCCCCACGGGUUCCUCCUCCGCCUCGGCGUCCACCGCCUCCUCCAUCACCCCCGUCACCAUGACGCCCGUGGCCAUGACGUCCAAGCCCAGCGGCGGCAGCGUGGACAAGCGGCGUGACGACGCCACCCCCAGCUCCGUGGACAAGUCAGCUAGCGGGAAGCGCUCGCGGCGGCAGAAGAACGGCGGGGAGAACCGGGAGAAUGCCAACUACGGAGGGGUGGCGGAGCACCACGUGGAGGAGGUGGUGGUGGGCACGCCGAAAGAGAAGAGGGCCAAGACCACCUCGUCGUCCUCCUCGUCCAAGAAGAAGAAAAGGUCCAAGGCCAAGCAGGAGCGGGAGGUGUCACCCGCCGACCUGCCAAUCGACCCCAACGAGCCCACCUACUGCCUGUGCGAGCAGGUGUCCUACGGGGAGAUGAUCGGCUGCGAUAACGACGAAUGCCCCAUCGAGUGGUUCCACUUCUCCUGUGUGGGCCUGCACCACAAGCCCAAGGGGAAGUGGUACUGCCCCAAGUGCCGCGGCGAGAACGAAAAGACUAUGGACAAGGCCCUGGAGAGGUCCAAAAAGGAACGGGCUUACAACAGGUAGCUUGGCUUUCAAACCUGAAUGGAAAGCCUUUGACCUUGACCUUCUCCUGAUAGAACUGAACAUGAUUGCAUUUUUUUUUUUUUUUUAAUAUUUUUCUCACUCUGCCGUCCCAACAUUUUGUGUCACAAGAGAAAAAAAUAAUGUUUUGAGGUCUGAAUGUGAAUCUGAAUAUUUUUGUUCAGAUCCAAUACUGGAUGUGUUGCCAUCAUCAAAGGGCCACUUGCCCUCAAGUUAUAUGUUAAGUUUAUAUAAAAAAAUAAAAUGAAUAAAAGAAAUAUCUUGGUUAGAAUUACUACACACCACACCUUAUUUUCCUUUACUCUGUUGCUUGCUGUCUUUCUCUUACUUUCCUGUGGAACAUUUUUUGUGGUGGCUUUAAACAAAGGCUGCCCUAGGAAAUGGGCCCCCCUUCUAUAAUGGACCAGGUUGUCUCUGGAGGUUUCUCUGUCUUUGCUCAUGUUUGUACAAUCAUUUAUCCUUGCAUCUCUGCCUUGUGAUUCUCCUUGUACUUGUGUUUUGUUACUUCUUGACAAAUGCCAUGUUGGUGUGAGUAAAAUUUCAACCACUUCCA